AUGGAGAGAAAAUAUAUCACACACCACAAGGCUUGCAAGGGAGAGAAGCCAUAUCAUUGUUCUGAAUGUGGCAAAACUUUGACACGCAAGACAUCCCUUAUAAUACACCAAAGAGUUCACACUGGAGAGAAGCCAUAUCAGUGUUCUGAAUGUGAUAAAGCUUUUACACUGAAGUCAUAUCUUAAUAGACACCAGAGGAUUCACACUGGACAGAAGCCAUAUCAGUGUUCUGGAUGUGAUAAAGCUUUUACACAGAUGUCAAGUCUUAUCACACACCAGAGGCUUCACACUGGACAAAGGUCAUAUCAGUGUUCUGAAUGUGAUAAAGCUUUUACAGUGAAGUCACAUCUUAUCACACACCAGAGGAGUCACACUGGAGAGAAGUCAUAUCCGUGUUUUAAAUGUGAUAAAGCUUUUACUCAGAAGUCAAGUCUUCUCACACACCAGAGGAGUCACAUUGGAGAGAAGCCAUAUCAAUGUUCUGAAUGUGAUAAAACUUUUACAGUGAAGUCAGAUCUUACCAGACACCAGAGAAUUCACACUGGAGAGAAGUCAUGUCAGAAGUCAAAUCUUAUCAGACACCAGAGGAUUCACACUGGAGAGAAGCCAUAUCAGUGUUCUGAAUGUGAUAAAACUUUUACACAGAAGUCAUAUAUUAUCACACACCAGAGGAUUCACACUGGAGAGAAGCCAUAUCAGUGUUCUGAAUGUGAGAAAGCUUUUACACGGAAGUCAGAUCUUAUCAGACACCAGAGGAGUCACACUGGAGAGAAGCCAUUUUAA